AUGGCUAGUUAUAACAAUACACAUAAAUUGCCCACAGAAAGUUAUGGCGAUAUUAAAACAUCAAUAUUAAUCGUACCAACAUCAUUACCCCCUCAUUUAUUAAACUUAAUCACAUUAGAAGAGUAUUUAGAAAUUAUUCAUCAAUUUAAAACAUUUUUAGAAAAGAGACCGUCGAAAUUUUUAAAAUUUUUAACUAUUUUUGGUGUUACAGUUCUUCUUUGUUUUUUUAUACCUUUAACAAUUUCACUUUGUUUAGACUCUAAAAUAGGUAUUUGGGUAGGAGCGGCGGUGGCUGGAUCUUUGCUUAUAUUGUUUAUAACUCUAUUGGUUAGAAUGGCAAACAAAAUGGAAGCCGAUUUGGUUAAUUAUUUUAAUGGAAUAAAUGCUAGAUAUUAUUCAAAAGGGUUCUCAUUUUUUAGAGAAAUCAAAGUUUAUGGAGCAGGAAAAAAUGCAAAAAAAGUAACAAAUAUUUUUGUUCGUAUCUAUCAUCCAGAUUUACCUUUACCCACUCCACCUCCACAAUAUUUAUCUUAUCAAAAUACUCAAUCUUCUCCACAAAAUCUUGCAAGUGAUAAUUUUGAACCAUAUGUUGAUGAAAAAACCCUUAUUAAAAAUUUUUAA